GCCACUCUUCGUCACCCCUUGACUACCUGUCCAACAGCAACGAACACAAACUUCGCAGCGCAGCGCUCAGCUGAGGAUUCAUCAGAAAAGCUUACUUCCGUACAUCCGCCAAUAUGCCUGGUGUUCCCCCGGACGCGAUCAAUUUGGUCAAGAAGACUCUUAAGAGCAUCUUCUCUCGCAAGAAGAAGGACAAGAAGGCACAAGAGGAGACCCCCGUAACAACCGCACCUACUCAGACUGAGGCCAAGCCCACCGAGACCACACCAGCUCCUCCUAAGCCAGAAACUACUGCAACACCAACUCCUGCUCCGGAGAAGCCAGCUGAGGGAGCUGUCCCAGCUGCUCCCCAGGCCGAAGAGACUCCUGUGUCUGCCAAGACCGCCGACACUACCACUGCGACGCCAACUCACAAUGAAGCUAACAGGAUGAUAGCUCCUGCUCCUGCGGUCGCCGAAGUCACACCCUCAACUGCUGCUCACACUGCUCCAACAGCCAGCACCCCUGGGGGUGCUGUUGAGGAGAAGGUCACCUCACCUGCUUCAGUCGAUACUAAGCCUACUGAAGCUACUGAAGCUCCGAAGGCUACCCCGGAAGGCAUGUCCGCGACCUCAGGGCCUUUGGACGACAAUCCUAUUCUGUCCAAUGCCGCUCCUGCUACCCCUGCUGCUCCCGCUGAGCCAGAUGUCCCGGCAGCUACAGCACCAGUCGUCGAGGAUAAGAAGCCUGAAGCCACCCCGGCUGCAUAGAUGACUUUUCACUUAUCUGGGACAGAAUUAAUUUGCAACAUGACUUCAAAUCUUGCGUUCCUUGGCCUCUCAUACUGAUAUAGCAGUCAUGACGUGUCUAAGCUUUGUCAGCAUAGGUUCCCACUCGCUCUUUUACACUGUGUAAGGAUCCAGCCAAGGGCCUCACUCAGAUCAUGGAC